AUGGACGGCCGCCUGCUCGAGGCCGUGCGAGAGAAUACCAGGUUGAAAGACAUCCGCCUACUGGUUGAGGACGAGGCAGACCCAUACGAUCUCAUGGCGACAGAUAGCUACUAUAAGACGGCCCUCCAGUGCGCCCUCGAGAUGCGAAACAGCGCAGUAUGUGCAUACCUGGCCGGCCGGAUGCUUGAGCAGGGCCGCCGUCUGCCCGUCGUGCUACCGCCAGCGGUGGUUGACUGGGCCAGGAGGGAGCCCUGGUUCCCUACGCUGGAGCUGGCAUUAUCCGGCGGCUGGGACAGCAGCUGGAGCAGGACGACUAGCCUAACGAAGAAGAGCUAUGACGCGCUCCUGGCGUGGCUGGCGGCGGGGCUAAAGCUGCCAGAGACCAUCACCGCACGCAUCCUGGACGAGGCCGAGUUCUGGGUGGCCGUCUCUGUGAGGCGGGAGAGAGAGCUCUAUUUCGACGAGAACAGCAGGAUCAGGCCGUACGUCGAGGUCGAGUGCCCGGCGCUGCAAGGAUACCUACGCCGAAUAGACGUCCUGACCGUCUCGCACGACCAAGGAUGGAGCUCGGAGGGCGUGAACGACUCGUACGGGGGAUCCUACACCUGGUUUGACAUCGGGGUCCUUCGAGGCGGCGAUGGCGCAGAAGUAGAAGAGAGCCUGGUGCUGCAGGCGAACGUCGGCGCCCAGAGGCAGACCCGGGUUCACUAUAACCAGAUCCGCGCUCGAGACGCACGGCUGGCUGCCUGGAUGGCCGCCGUCGGGCCCGGGGACCGCCUGGCCGUCGUUCCGCGGGCACUCUACCCGGGCUGGGUCAACUACGUCGAGUGUAUCGAGAUGAAGCUGUGGUAUGCCCACUGGCACGUCUAG